AUGGACAGGGGUGUAGAGACAUCAAAGGGUGGUUGUAGUGAUUCAGGGUAUCUGGGUGGUUGUGAAAGGUUGAGUCACAGGGCACUGGCAAUAGAGAGUGGGCAUAUGUCGGUCGAACAUCUGGAUUCGAAACCGAAGCCAAGUACAAGAGAGAAUUGCCCUGCCCAUUUUUGGGUGGGUUAUGAGAAGAAACGUGAUACUUACGUUGUUACAAAUUUUGAACCACAUCACAAUCAUCAACUAGUUACUCCACUUGAAUCGCCAUAUCUUCGAUGUAACCGUGUUGUUCGAAAUUCCGAUUUAGCACAAGCAGUGGAAAUGCGAAGAGCAUUGGUUAGAACAUGUCAUACAUAUGAGUAUAUGGUCGACCAAUAUGGCGGGUAUUUAAAUGUUGGUUUUCAAAUAAAGGAUUUGUACAAUAAGUUGGAUGCAUCACGCGGGGAAAUUUUGCUCGACGCUGACACAGAAGCCGCAUUCUCGUACUUAAAAGGAAAAGGAGCAAUGGAUCCAGAAUUCUUUUGUAAGUUUAGUGUUGACGAGGAAAAUUGGCUCGGUAAUUUGUUUUCGAGGGACCCCACUUCACUUUUGGAGUACAUUGCCUGUGGUGACGUCCUCAUAUUCGACAGCACGUACAAAGCAAAUAUGUAUGACAAGCCCCUAGUGUUAUUUGUUAGUUCGAACAACAACCGUUCUACUGUAAUGUUUGGUUGCGCAUUAUUGCAUGAUGAGACAUUUGAAACUUACAAGUGGUUAUUGGAAACAUUCAUGGCAUCCGUGAAAGAUAAGAAGCCAAUAUCAAUAUUGACGGAUGGCUAUGAGGCGAUGCAUAAAUCCAUUGAUGAUGUGUUUCCCAUGUCUAACCAUCAGUUGUGCUCAUGGCAUGUGUCAAGGAAUGCACAGAAUAACUUGAAGGAUGAUGAAUUGCUAAGAAAUUUUCAGGUAUAA